AUGGACUUUGCUACUCUUACAGCGGCUACUGUUUCUGAAUUGUCAAACAAAGAAUUAAUUGAGGCGUGUAAACACUUUAAUAUAUCUUGUGGUGCUGUUAACAGAACUUCAAGAAAUUUAUUUGAAAAAAAGUUGGUUGCCGCUCUGUCAUCAAACACAGAUCAUCCUAGCCACACUGUUGAAGAAGUUGAAGAAAUAUUCGAGGAGAAUCCUACUACACCUUUGUUUGCCAAUGAAUCAGGGACCAUUAGAAAUUCAUUUAUUUCUGAGAGUGCUAAUGUAUAUAAUGAUACACCUUAUCCAACUGUUCGUACUAGCAGAGUUACCAAAAGAAUAACCACUAAUAUAUCACCUAAAUCUUGUCUAGAUGAAGGUUACAAAUAUGGUGAGGAAGAAAACUAUGAUGGUGAAGAAUCUGUUAGAAUUUUAACUAAAGCUGAGCGUGAUGAACGUCGGGCUAGAUUAUUGUCUGGAAAUAUGCAUCGUGAAUAUCCUGUGGUUCGAGAGGAAAAGAAACCCUUCUGGUAUACAUUAUUAAAGAUUGUCUGUUUUGCACUUUUUGUGCUUUUUGCUUAUUUUUUCUACAAGGAGCACAUGCAGAGAUUACAAGAUGAAAGUAAUGAUGACCUGUAA